CAGAAGCCCCCAAAUAUCCGAUGAAGACGUUCAUUAGUGCCAGCAUAUAUAAUAUUUUCGACCUUUUGUCGGUUGUCUGGAUGUACUGAGGACCAUUCAACGGAGGGUGCGAUAGCUCUGGACUCGGUGUCUGACUCGCCUUCCAGACGGCUCUUCUCAACCACAGAGUAUAUAUACUCCACUUCAUGGUCCCAAGACGAUACUUUUAUCAAUCAUGGCGAAUGCUAAAACACAAACCCCGCGCUGCUCUAUCGAGGAAGCCGACAGAAUACUCACAGGACCAGGAAGUUUGCUCGAAAUUGAAACUCGAGUCAUUGACGGGAGGGUCUUGAAAGUCUGGAAGAAUCUCUGGCCAUCCUUGCGAGACCUCUUCUUGCACUCGACCAAGGAGCACGCGGACAAAAUCUAUAUAGUAUACGAGAAAGAGCGUCACACCUACCAGGAGGUAUUAGAGAAGGCGGUCAAAUGUUCUGCCAUUUUGAGAGAUGUUUAUGGUAUUAAGAAAGGGGAUCGAGUAACCAUCUGCUCUCGAAAUUGUCCGACUUACUUGAUCGUGUUUUGGGCUUGCCAUCUCCUGGGUGCCGUCACCGCUCUUGUGACCAUGUGGCUGCCAUUGGAGCCGCUCCGACACUGUAUAAUGCUUACAAAGUGCUCACUGAUCAUCCUUGAUACCGAGCGAGCUGACAUGGUCGAACCGAUUGGUGCUGAGCUUAGGCUCGCAUGUGGUGCGUCAAGAUGUCUCGUCCUCGAGGAUCACGAGGGGAAAGGCCAUUGGGAAGGCAUGGACGUUUGGAGUAGAGUCUUCUCCGAAUACGAUGGAGAUAUUGGCUCGGUGCUUCAGGACGAUCCUCAAAUUUCACCUGAAGAUAACGCAAUGAUUAUCUUUACGUCGGGGACCACUGGCUUACCAAAGGGUGUCUUGAGCACACAUCGUGCAUUCUUGACUACGUUAUUUGAUAUAGCUUUGUUGACAGGGAGAGACCGCCUUCGACGAGGCGAACCACUCCUUCAGGUACCAAGUACAGGUCCUCAGGAAGGUUUCCUGUUUCCAGGGGUGCUGUCACAGGCUUCUUUCAACCUCGCGACUAUGCACUGUGCUGUUCAAGGAUUCAAGGUCGUUUUAACACGCACAUGGAAUGUACCUCAAGGCAAGAAUCGACUUUCUGCGGAACUGUGUAAAACAGAGAAUAUCGUUCGGCUCGGCGGUCCACCUUUAACCAUCAGACAGCUCGCUGAGAGCGCGAUAUCCAAUACUUCGAUAAAAAGCAUAUUAUAUGGAGGUAACCCCAUUGCACCGUCUCACUUUCAAAGAUUUAGACAAGCAUUUCCUCUCGCCACCGUCUUUCAAAUGUAUGGUCUAACUGAGACGAAUUGCGCCGCGGUAGGAUUCGGUGGACCGGAUUACGAUGCGAGGCCAGAUAGCUGUGGUUUCGUGCUUCCUGUUAAUGAGAUUCUGAUAAUGAAAGAUGGUGCUAAGGCUGCGCCGGGAGUGGUGGGAGAGAUUUGGCUGCACGGUCCAAAUGUGAUGAAAGGGUAUUUCGGCGACGGAGGCUUACACUUUUGGACAACGGUUGCAGCUGCUACUGAUCGGGUCCUUACUAAAGACGGAUGGCUGAUGACCGGUGAUCUUGGACGAAUUGAUGAAGGUGGUUAUGUUUCCAUCACGGACAGGAUCAAAGAUAUCAUCAUCAGGGGUGGGUAUAACGUUGAUUCGGUUUUCGUCGAGAAUGCCCUGUACACCGAACCGGGUGUAUUGGAAGCAGCAAUCGUUGGCGUACCUGACGAGUAUGUGGGGGAGUUGCCUGUAGCGUUGGUGACCCUCAAGUCCGGGUAUGGUGGAUUAGUCGAUGAGGAGAAACUCACGGCGACUACCGAGAGACUGUUACCCAAGUAUGCUGUUCCGGCGAUGAUUAUUCUGUAUGAUCGUGGAUUUGAUCACACAGAUUCUGGGAAGAUUGUCAAAGGGCCGUUAAAGGUCAUAGCCCAGAGGGAGUGGGCAAGGAGGUCGGGGAAAGAAUAGACUAACCUUCUCGUUAUGAAAUACUUAGAGCAGUGCUGUUCGUUCGGCGACUGCGAAUACAUUAUAUGCGGCUUUAACGAAGUAUGAAUGGUAAACAUCGUCGUACAGUAUAUAGCAUUUUAUAAGUAACCUAAACAAUCAAAGCUUGCCAAAAAUGAUAUGUUAGUAUCUGCUCUUGACUC